AUGCAACGAAUUCAUGAUUCCGAAGAACGUUCUGGACAUACUCCCCCUCCUCCAUACGCAUUGGUUGACAACCUAACUCGUAAUAAUAAUCAGGCUCAAUCUCAACAAUAUCAUUCACAGAAUCCAUACCCGGCCGCAGUUAUUCCUUCUGAAGCAGAUUUUCGUUUAGCUCAAAAACUUCAAGACGAAGAAUAUGCACAAUGGAUGGUUUAUAUCAACGAUUGGAAUGAAUAUCAACAAGCUGUUGAACAACUUUAUUUGAAUUCGCCUAAAGAAACACGAUAUGUAACUAGCUGGCUUCAUUCACAAGGGCAAUUGGUCCUAAAAGUUACCGACAAUUUUCGAGUUCUCAAAUAUAAGACGGACCAGGCUGCAGAUUUGAAAAAAUUUGAACGAUUAAAUAAAUCGAUGAUACUGAAAAUGCAGAAUCGGAAGGAACCAAGCGAAAGUGAAGUUGCUCCAUCAACAACAACAACAUUGCAAACCCAAGUGUUGGAAAAUAUUACAAGUACACCUGAAAUUAUUUCACAUCCUCAACCAAUCUCAAAGAAAAAAGGGAAAAAAGGACGAUGA